CUCGAAAUGUCUAUGCCCCCGAUUGACCAAAGGCACUCGGCACCCCUCGGCUCCGUGAAGACGUUACUCGUACUCACUUACUGUACACAGUACAGUGUUCAGGAGAUAUAGAGUGACAUGAUAGACCAGUAACUUGUUCAAUAAUGUCUUUCUGUAAACCCUGACAGCCUUUACAAUACAUACUAGUAAGAGAAGGAAAAGACGCACAGAAGAUUCUAAAAAACAAUGCUCCUCUGCCAAUAAAAACAAAACUACCACCGAUGAAAUGCCAGGUCCUAGUGGAGAAGUACCUUUUAAAAGACAGAAAAAAGAAGAAACCCUGUUGGAAUCUGAUGAAGAACCCUAUAUAGAUGACCCCUCCGAUACAGACUAUUGUGAGAGUGUGCUCUCUGGUGGAAAGGAUGGCAAUUUUCCUGCUAGCAAAUGGAAAUAUUCUGAUUUGAAGCAAAUCAAUAUUUUCUUUGAUGAGAAACCCGAGAUUUAUGAAGAUUUUAUGAUGGAAGUAAAGGAAGAUAUUCUGAAGAAUUAUCCUCAUUGUCCAGAUUUCAGCAAGUGUGUAAAUACUUUCACGCAUCUUCUCAAAGAAAAUGUUGUCUUCUCUUAUGAUUUGGAGAACAUUCGUGAAUUGCGAAAACAUAUGUAUAAAAACAAAGUGGACAUAGAACAGCAGAUGAUAAAAGACAUACAAGGAGAUGUGCAAAAGUCUGAGAAUGCUGAGAAAAAUUUUGAUUUGAAGGAUAUGUUAAGCAGGAGGUGGUUUCCAGCAGUUAAGAAGUUUGCUUACCAAACAUUGAAGCUGAUCAAAAGAUCAUUGUAUCCCAUAGAGGAAGGGGCAGUAACCUCAAGGAUGGGUAUAGAUCCUAGCAAGCAAAAACAGAGUGAAGAAAUUGAAUGCGCUGAGGUGUAUGAGGCUGUCGAUGAAGAAUUCUUUCAACACUUUUGUUCUAUAUUUGGACAACUGUUUUUCCUAGAGCCAGAUGCAGUGAAAAGAAAAACCAUGUAUUUUAAUGGAAAGACAGUAAGCAGUACACCAGAUUUAGCUUACUCUCUACAUUUGGAGCCAUUUGCUGGAGUGACAGACAUACAGGACACUAUACUCUUUGUUAUUGAGGUGAAAAGAAAGCCAGUAAGAAUGAAAACUUCGGUCUCUGUAUCACUAGAAGAACAAGUUGGCCCCAGAGUCUUAGGACAAGUUGGAUUGGAAUUGUUUGCAGAGACAAAUUUUUCUGUAUUGAAACCAAACUCUCUGGGAAUCAUCUGUAUGGAAACCAAAUUUAUUUUCGUAUACCUAAGGAUGCCUGAGGACCAUUGCGUUAACGUUUUAUUGGGAGCACCGUUGGAAACAAAAGGAAAAAUCUCCUACACUCGUUCAUUUGAUAUGUUGAAUGCUGAAGACCGAUCAAAAAUAGCAGAGUUUUUGUAUUUCCUAGGAUGUGUUCAAAAUUGCCGAAUUCCUAAUUCUAAAAUAUAACAACUAUAUAGUUGACAUGUUAUUUGUAUUACAACAUAUCAAUCCAA